UAACACUGAAGAACUAAUAGAUAACAAGUAACUGGGCUAACUUUAAGAAGCAUAGCAAAUGAUGCCCAAGACUAUCAUGAUUGUUCUUUUCCAUAGUUUCUUCUCUCUGCAAGUGCGCCACUCAAUUGCAGAAACUAAUUGGAUCAGGGUUGGUUAUCACUGGUAUUCACCAUACGAGUUCCUCGUUUCGGACAUAAAUUCUUCUCUCUUUACUCACAUUAUUUGUGCUUAUGCAGUUGUGAAUCCCACCUCCUACCAGCUUUCUUUGUCACCAGUUGAUGAAGAACGCUUUUCCACCUUCACAAAUACUGUGAAACAAAAGAAUCCAUCUGUCACGACACUGCUAUCCAUUGGGGGUAGAGAUGCAAAUUAUUCAACCUUUUCUUCAAUGGUGAGCAAUUCUUUUCACAGAAAAUCCUUCAUCAAUUCUUCAAUAGAAAUAGCCGGACUUUACGGUUUUCAAGGCCUAGACUUUUCUUGGCAAUUUCCAAACACAAGCGUUGAUAUGUUCUAUAUGGGUGUUCUCUUUCAAGAGUGGAAAGCUGCUAUUGGUUUAGAGGCAAAGAACUCCAACAAGUCUCAACUGAUCUUGACGGCAAGGGUUAAAUACUCACCAUCGGUAUCUUCAGCGAGUUACCCUAUAGAGAUGAUGCAACAACAUUUAAAUUGGGUUCAUGCUGUGUCUAGUGAGUACACCUCUCCUUAUGUCAGCAACCUUACAGGUGCCCAGGCAGCUUUGUAUCACCCAAGUACUUUUGAUAAUACGGAUUAUGGUAUAACAGAAUGGAUCAACGGAGGAUUAUCAGCGAAUAAAUUGGUUUUGUGCUUGCCUUUCUAUGGCUAUGCAUGGACGCUCAAGAACACUAUAGACAAUGGUAUUGGUGCAGCAGCAACCGGACGUGCCUUUAAUGGAUUUGCAACCUAUAAGCAAAUCAAGAAUUACAUUGAGCAAUAUGGUCCUGAUGUUCAAGUUAGGUACAACUCAACUUAUGUGGUGAAUUACUGGACAAAGGGAACAACUUGGAUCGGCUUUGAUGAUGUUGAGGCUAUUAGAGCUAAGGUUUCUUAUGCAAAGGAGAAGAAACUACUUGGCUACUUCGUGUGGCAAGUCUCCUACGAUGUGAAUUGGGUGCUUUCCAAAACAGCAGCUGGAGUGGAUAUAAAUAAUUCUUCAGUUGAGGAGGAUAAUAAAAAUGGACAAAAUAAUAAGAGUCCUUUGUUAGUAAUCUUCUUGUCUACAACAGCUGCUGUUGCUCUUCUAUUAGGAAUAUUUGUGAUAUUUUACUGCUGGAGGAGAAAUCUCAAAUUAAAAGUGGACUCCACUAAAGAAUCCAAAGAUAAAGCAAAUAAAGCAGCAUCUGCUGGAGAUUUUAGUAGCAACAUUCCUAAUCUGAUAGAGUAUUCAUUAGCUGAUAUAGAGGCAGCAACAAAUGGAUUUUCAAUUGAAAAUAAGCUUGGACAGGGCGGAUAUGGCCCUGUUUAUAAGGGAAUACUACAUGAUGGACAAGUAAUAGCAGUGAAGAAACUUUCAAAAACAUCCACACAAGGAUUUGAGGAAUUCAAGAAUGAGGUUAUGCUUACAGCCAAGCUCCAACAUGUAAAUCUUGUUCGAGUUUUGGGUUUUUGCAUUGACAAAGAAGAACAAAUACUCAUCUACGAAUACAUGCAAAACAAAAGCUUAGACUCCUAUCUUUUCGACCCCAUCAGACGAUUUGUUUUGGAUUGGAAAAAACGUGUGCAUAUCAUUAAAGGAGUUACACAAGCGCUUUUAUAUCUCCAAGAAUACUCAAGAUUGACUAUUAUUCAUCGAGAUUUAAAGGCUAGUAAUGUCUUGUUAGAUGGAGAUAUGAAGCCAAAAAUAUCAGACUUUGGUAUGGCAAGAAUAUUUGCUAAAGAUGAUCUUGAAGCAAACACAAGCCAUAUUGUAGGAACAAUUGGUUAUAUUCCUCCUGAGUAUGCUAGAAGAGGCAUAUACUCUACCAAAUCCGAUGUUUAUAGUUUUGGGGUUCUACUUUUACAAAUCAUAAGUGGCAAAAUGAUUUCCCUUUUAUAUGGUCCGAAUGAAUGUUUAAGCCUUCUGGACUACGCUUAUGAGCUGUGGAAGGAUGGUAAAGGCAUGGAGUUUAUGGAUGAAUCACUAGAUGAUACAUAUUCAUCUUGUAAAUUAAUGAGAUGCUCACAAAUAGCUCUAUUAUGUGUCCAAGAAAAUCCAAUUGAUCGACUGUCCAUGUUGGAAGUUUUCACGUUGCUCGAAAAUGUGAACACUGAUAUGAUGAUUCCAAAGAAGCCUGCUUUCUCGAAACAGAUUGAACAGAAUAAAAAUACAAGACAGUUGGAAGGUUAUUCAGGGAGUACUUCAUCAAUAAAUGAUGUAACAAUUUCAGAUUUUGUAGCCAGAUGAAUUAUAUACUAUAGCUUUUGAGGUUGGUAAUUGAUAUUGUGUGUCUUGGAAUUUUAGCAAAGUAAACAGGGUUAAUCCCUUUGCCGCGGUGUGGGUUAGAUUUAUUAGGUGUAGUUUUGUAUUACCCUGUUCAUCAAGAAUAUUUGAGACUUUUCUAUGUUUAGUUGGUAUAAAACUUACGAAUAAUAA